UAAGGAUACAGACUGUCAUCGAAAUAUGAGGUUACAUUGAAUAUGUGGUGUAAAAGGUAACGGGUUAUAGUAUCAAAAAGGCAAAACUGAAUUAAAAACUGUGUAUAGGGGUAAAAACUUUGAUCUUUUAUCUACAAGACCAUGCAAAAAUUGUCUGAAAAAAUAGAUUGGUUUGUCUAUGGUGUUGAUACACUUUUGGGUACAUUUUUGAGACACCCUAUACAUCAAAUAUGUCCAUAUAAUAUAUACAGAAGUCUUGGACACCCUACACCAUCUUUGCUAUUUCGGAAAUUACGUGAAACUUUUGAAAAUGAUAACGGUCAACAUCUUAACAACUUUUUGUAUAAGUUGCACAAAAAUAUGUUCAAAUUCAUGGAAAGUCUGCUGAAAAGCACAUAUGCGAAGAUGAUGAAUACCAAUGAGACUCAGAUUGCAAAAUUGGAAAAUACAAUGACUGGUGUUAGGUUGUGCACCUGCAUUUGCCAUAUCGACAGUUGUAAUGUGAUUUGCGAGUUUUAAAUACAGUUCCAAAAAAACAUAAUAUAAAUCAUUUCUUCAUGAAAUUAAUACACAGGGUAGUUAUAGGUCAUUGAUCUUUAUUAUUGGAAAGUAAUUUUAUUAAAAACGGACAAAAUGAGAGCAGGGCAUCCAAGACUUGAAUCACCCCUCGUAGAUUAAUUAAUCAAUGAAUAGAAUAACGAGUUGUCUAAAUGCCGUUAACCUCUUCUCUUCCAGGCUCUAAAAUGUGUAAAACCAGACCAGUUUUCAUUUUCACUUAAUUUACAGAAUGCAUGGAUCAAUCCACUCAUUUUAGAAUAGAAUAAUGCCCAUGGUUGGUUUAUUUUAAAGACACUUUGCUAUGUAACUUAAUUUUCCUCGAAACAUUCAAAAUAAUUGUAGUAAUGCCAUAGUCUUCAUUGCAAAUGCCCAAGCAGGAGAGCCCAGUGCUAUUUAAAGAAAUGUAUACAUGAACAUAACUAGCUUGGGAUGUUGUAGACUACCCUGUAUACAAAUGUUGUUCUUAGAUGUUUCAAUUCAAAAUAAAUAAAAUAUUCAAAACUAAAA